GCGUGUUUCCUGGGAAACCCCGGCUUUGCUUCCACCUGAUGGCAGUAUGAGGCAGCCCCUGGAAGCAAUUGCGUGGGAGUUCCCUAGUUCGCCAUGUCAGGGUGGCGCAGUGGCUCAGGAUCUCCUAGCAUCCAUCCAUCCAUCCAUCCUCCCCCACACGGCGGCAUCCAUCCCCGCUCCGGGUAGCAGCAGCAGUGCCGAGGCGGAGAGACAGAGAGACACGCACCGAGUGAUGCUCCUGCCCCAACCGCGUCCUCCACCAGCUAAAGCGCGCAACUGAUAGGGAUAAAGACACUUGCCACAAACCAGACUCCGCUCAUGAAGAUGUCUAACGUAGACAUGGUCUUAUCUACUACAGACAGGGUGGUCAAAUCUGUCCCAUUUCCUUUAAGCCAUCGUCUCACAAUGAAAGAAGUGUUUGACUGUGAGGGAAAGCCACGGGUUGACCUCCUAAAGGCUCAUCUGACAAAAGAGGGUCGUGUUGAGGAAGCAGUGGCCCUGAGAAUAAUCAAUGAAGGUGCUGCCAUCCUUCGCCAAGAAAAAACUAUGCUGGACAUUGAGGCUCCUGUAACAGUUUGUGGAGACAUACACGGUCAGUUUUUCGACCUAAUGAAACUGUUUGAAGUUGGUGGGUCCCCUGCCACCACCCGCUACCUCUUCCUAGGAGAUUAUGUCGAUAGGGGGUACUUUAGCAUUGAGUGUGUUUUAUAUCUCUGGUCACUGAAAAUCCUCUAUCCAAAGACGUUAUUUUUACUGCGAGGGAAUCAUGAAUGUAGACAUUUGACAGAAUAUUUCACUUUUAAACAAGAAUGUAAAAUAAAAUAUUCGGAACAAGUGUAUGACUCGUGUAUGGACGCCUUUGACUGCCUGCCACUGGCAGCCCUGAUGAAUCAGCAAUUCUUGUGUGUGCAUGGAGGAUUAUCACCAGAAAUACACACCUUAGAUGACAUCAAAAAGUUAGACAGGUUUAAAGAGCCACCAGCGUUUGGGCCCAUGUGUGACCUGUUAUGGUCAGAUCCAUUAGAGGACUUUGGAAAUGAAAAGACCCAAGAAUAUUUCAGCCACAACACCGUCAGAGGCUGUUCCUAUUUCUACAGCUACCCUGCUGUAUGCGAGUUUCUACAGAACAAUAAUUUAUUAUCAGUUAUCCGAGCUCAUGAGGCACAAGAUGCUGGCUAUAGGAUGUAUCGGAAAAGUCAAACCACAGGCUUCCCUUCCCUAAUCACCAUUUUCUCAGCACCAAACUACCUUGAUGUUUACAAUAACAAAGCUGCAGUACUCAAGUAUGAAAAUAACGUAAUGAACAUCCGACAGUUUAACUGCUCACCUCACCCGUACUGGCUUCCAAACUUCAUGGAUGUUUUUACUUGGUCUUUGCCUUUUGUUGGUGAAAAAGUUACAGAGAUGCUGGUGAAUGUCUUAAAUAUUUGUUCUGAUGACGAACUCAUGAAUGAUGGCGAUGAAAUAUUUGAUGCUAAUGCUGCUGCAGCACGAAAAGAGGUUAUUAGGAACAAAAUUAGAGCUAUUGGCAAGAUGGCCAAAAUGUUUUCUGUGCUAAGAGAGGAGAGUGAAAAUGUUUUGACGUUAAAGGGUUUGACCCCGACUGGAAUGCUGCCAAGUGGUGUUCUGUCUGGAGGCAAGCAAACAUUACAAAGUGCUACAAUUGAGGCUAUUGAGGCCAUUGAGACUGUUGAGGAUGGGGAAGUCGAGCUUUAUAAGCGAUCGUGUCAGAGAUCUAUUAAAACAAUCCGAGGAUUUUCACCACAGCAUAAAAUUAGCAGUUUUGAGGAAGCAAAAGGUUUGGAUCGCAUCAAUGAGAGAAUGCCACCAAGGAAGGAUGCAGUUAACAACGUUGGUCAUUCUAUGGGAAAAAUGAAUAUGUCCGAGUCUAAUGGGACAGAUGAUAAUAGUAAUAUACAGUGAUUGGGUUCGUGAAAUUCCUGAAGAGCUGAACUUUGUCGUUUAAGAUCUCCAAAUGAAUAUUUCUGCUUGAACUGAAAUUAGACAUCUUCACAACUCACCCUACUUUAGAGACGUUUUCGUCUUCUUGCUGCAAAGAGAGAAUAUGAGCUAACUUCUUACGGGGUGACACUGGACAAGUAAGUGAUACCAAUUUCAGCAAGAAAUGUAUUCAGACAGCAGUCUGAGACUGCAUAGGCAUUUCUUUGUUCUCAUGCCCCUCCCAAACCUUUCCCAGAAUUAAGAAUGAUUUUAUGUCAUUUUCUGUAAUUCACUACGUCGCUUCACAAUAAUGCAUUCAUAGGUGCAUUUGCAGUAUUCUGCACCUUCUAUUUUAAAAUUAAACAAACAUUUCAUUCAUAAACAUCUUAUACAAAUGACCUUGCUGUUGAAUAUGUUUUGCUACUAGUAUUACUAAAGGGGAAAAUGAAAUGUGUACAAUUUCAAUAAUAUUUACAAUGUAAUCUUACCAGAAACUUAUGUUUUGUAAAAUGACUUUUACCCCCCCCCCCCCCCCCCGUUUUCAUUUGCAGAAGAGUUGGCAGUUCUUUUAAUAAGCCAAUGUCAAUCAUGUUGCUUCGAGUCAGCAUUAAAUGCAGUUUCGUUGCUACAUUGUCACGAUAUAUCUAUUUGUUUUUCACUUGCCUGUAAUUAAAAACUGCACACAGUAUGUUUUGCAAACCUAUUUACCAUGCAGUAAAUGAAAUAUUAAUAAUUUGUACAGCAUCUAUAGAACGCAUCUAUGCAUGCGGUUAAGUUUCUUAUUGAUACGUGAAAUUAUAUUUGUGCUGUGUUUCAAUAUAGUAGUUCUGAAUAAUUUCCCGCUUUAUACUAUCUUUGUAAAUUCAGUUUUUAGUUAUUGGUUUUUGCUGUACAGGCAUUGAAGUUCUUUUCAGAAAUGUUGAAUUAAACUGUAUUUUUUAUGUUCUGUUAUUGUACAGAAGUGUUCAAUAGUGUGAAUGAACAUAUUCCGUGAAAAGCAACAUUUUCGGCUGCCAGUGCAUGAUCGCAUGGUUUAUUAAAAUGUAAACGAACUAGGCACGCUGCCGUGCCUCACGUAUAAAAAAAAGAAAGAAAAAACUGAGGCUUACCAUUUGUUUCCUUCCACUCUUUUAUGAUCCUUGUUUUGUCCAAAUGUGUUUACUUUAAAAGGAAUUUCAUGGAACUUAACUUGUGGCAUUUUUCUUGUAUUUUUUCUGGACCUACGUUUUCGCAUAUGCCUUCUUAAACACGGACAUUGUAAGCAUGCCCUAUGGGAAGAAACACUUUUUUACUCUUGAAUAAAAUAUGCAUGAAUCAUU